AUGUAUUGUAAGUUUGGAAGCCAUUGCCAGAUAUCAGGAUGGAACUCCAAAAUUUUCCCAACAAGGUCCAUACAGGGAAUCUGCAGAAACAUGGAUACACAACCUAGGCUACAAAGAAGGCUAGGAGGAAGCAGAGCUGUACUUUUUGUAUAUGCUAUGGAAGGGCUAGAGAACAUGGCUUUUGUUGCCAAUGCAGUGAGCCUGGUAACUUACUUCUUUGGGUACAUGAACUUCAACUUAACAAAAUCCGCCACAACCCUCACCAACUUUAUGGGAACUGCAUUUUUACUAGCACUUGUUGGAGGAUUAAUCAGUGAUACCUAUCUUUCUAGGUUCAAGACGUGUGUUAUGUUUGCUUGCAUGGAAUUGCUGGGAUAUGGAAUUCUCACAGUUCAAGCACGUUUCCACCAAUUAAGACCCAUUCCAUGCAAAGAUUUAGCACCAACCCAAAUGAGCCAAUGUAAGGCUGCCGAAGGUGGCCAGGCUGCAGUGCUUUAUAUUGGUUUAUAUCUUGUUGCAUUAGGAACCGGUGGUAUUAAGGCAGCUUUACCAGCAUUGGGUGCUGACCAGUUUGAUGAUAAAGAUCCCAAGGAAGCAGCUCAACUAUCAAGCUUUUUCAACUGGUUCUUGUUCAGCCUUACCAUGGGAUCCAUAGUUGGUGUUACUUUCCUUGUUUGGAUUGGUGCCAACCUAGGAUGGGAUUGGAGUUUCACUGUAUGCACUUUAAUAGUUAUAUUUGCAAUUUUGUUCAUAUGCAUGGGCAAGUCAUUGUACCGAAACAAUAUCCCAAAGGGAAGCCCUCUAAUUCGAAUCAUACAGGUGUUGGUUGCAGCUUUCAGAAACCGAAAACUUGAAAUUCCAGAGAAUGCAGACCAACUACACGAGAUUCAUGAAAAAGAAAGAGGGGACAACCAUGAAAUCCUUAAGAGGACAGAUCAGUUCAGAUUCUUGGACCGGGCAGCAAUUGCUAGAAGCGGCGCAGGUGCUGAAGCAACAUCAGGACCUUGGAGUCUCUGCACAGUAACACAAGUAGAAGAAACCAAGAUCCUAAUCCGCAUGCUACCAAUAAUAUUUAGCACCAUAUUUAUGAACACAUGUUUGGCUCAACUUCAGACUUUCUCUAUUCAACAAAGCACCACCAUGAACACCACAAUCCUGGGGUUCAAAAUGCCAGGACCCUCUCUCCCUGUCAUCCCUCUAUUGUUCAUGUUUGUCCUAAUACCUUUAUACGACCGUUUAUUUGUCCCACUUGCUCGAAGAAUCACAGGGAUUCCCACUGGAAUUCGACACCUUCAGAGGAUUGGAAUUGGGUUGGUUCUCUCAGCUAUUUCGAUGGCAGUUGCUGGUUUUGUGGAGACACGCCGCAAGUCUGUGGCCAUCCAACACAACAUGGUAGAUACCACACAACCUUUGCCAAUAAGUGUGUUCUGGCUGGGUUACCAAUAUGCUAUUUUUGGAGCUGCAGACAUGUUUACCCUCAUUGGCCUUCUCGAGUUUUUCUAUGCAGAAAGUUCAGCUGGAAUGAAGUCACUUGGCACAGCAAUUUCUUGGAGUUCUGUGGCAUUCGGUUACUUUACAAGCACAGUGGUAGUUGAGGUGGUUAACAAAGUUAGUGGUGGGUGGCUGGCAAGCAAUAACUUGAAUAGAGACAAGCUCAAUUACUUUUACUGGUUACUGUCCGUGAUAAGUGUAGUCAACUUUGGCUUUUACUUGGUUUGUUCUUCUUGGUAUAGAUACAAAACAGUGGAAGACAAGCAUGGUGAUUCAAAAGACAAUGUUGAUAUCCCCAAGGUUUAG